CGUAUUUCUUUGUGUAUAAAAGGCUCGAUGCAUUCUGUGACAAAAAGUGAUGUAACUGUUGUAGUCUGUAUCUCACUCUCGCUUUAACGAAUACUAUCGAGUAGACCUCGAGUACAUCUGCAGAAACAAGAGAAUAAGAUAUAACACCAAUCCAAAGCCAAAAAAGGGAAGAAACGAGCCUGGUAGCAUUCUUCAUCCUAUUAUACUCAUACUAUCAAGGCCCACAUAUAUAGUCCACAAACUCUUUUACAACCAAAGCCCACAUAGUCAAGCAAACUGUCAAGCAAGCUGUCAAGCCCACAGUCAAUCACCAUGCCGGACGUCAAAAGUCUCGCCCUCUUCAUCCUCCUCCUCCCCUUCUACGGAGUCAUGGCCCUACCCAUCGACCCCGCCAGCGGGAGUCUAGACGCCGUCGACCACGGCGUCCCCGCUGUGGCCCGGGACGUACAGGCGGCAGCCGCCACAGCCGACACGGCCCAGAUUGAAACCGCCAACGAAGCUGAAAAGCGCAAAAAGAAAGGCGGUGGUGGCGGCGGCGGCGGUGGAGGAGGAGGCGGCGGUGGUGGUGGUGCUGGGGGAUUCUUGGAGAUCGGCAAGGAUGGCCUCAAGCUCGGAGGAUCCGGUUUUGGCUUUGGUGGCGGCGGCGGCGGUGGUGGUCGCAACGGUGGUGGUGGAGGAGGCGGUCUUGGCGGCAGCGGUGGUGGUGGUGGAGGAGGUGGCCUGCCUGGCCUGCCUGCGGGCCUCCCUGGCCUUGGUGCGCUGUUUGGUAGUGCUGGUGCGGGUGCGGGUGCGGGUGCGGGUGCUGGGUUUUAG